AUGAUUCAGAUGCGAUCUUUGGAGUUUCGAAAGUUGUACCAGGCGAGUUUUCAAGAUUACAGUCCCCUGUGUCAAACGAUUUGCUCACUUACCCCAGAUCUUCCUACUCAAACUUGGCCAAAUCCCUCACUUGUACCAACCGGAGACCUGUUCGCUGAACGAGCCCAGAUACACACAGAUCGUCUCUCCACUGUGGCCGAAGAGGAAGCAUUGCAGUUCGCAUUGGCCAAUGGCACACCUCUUUCAGCCGUCAGGGCCGAACAGCCCAGCGAACACAAUAAGCAACACAAUACCGAACAGCCCAGCGAACACGGCAGCCAACCAACUACCGAACAGCUGGGCGAGCAGCCCAGCGAACACGACAGCCAACCAACUACCGAACAGCUGGGCGAGCAGCCCAGCGAACACGACAGCCAACAAGUCACCGAACAGCUGGGCGAGCAGCCCAGCGAACACAAUAGCCAACAAAAUACCGAACAGCUGGGCAAGCAGCCCAGCGAACACAAUAGCCAACAAGUUAGUAAAUCGAUCUCGAAGAGUUCCCAUUCUUCGUCUUCAAACUCCACGCCUUCGACACCUUUCCAAGCCACUGGCUUGAGUCCAAUUCAAUCAAACACUUCGGCAACUCCACAGUCUACAUUCGGCUCCUCAUCAACUGGUGACCUUGGCGUCACACCCCACAGCAUCGAUCAAGGCCGACGCGAAGCUGCUCUUCGUCUCCAGCUCUUGGAAAUUCCUUCCCAUUCUUACACAUCCGAAGGCCCCGAAAUCCCUCAGCUUGACGUUUCGGUACACCGAUCUCAAGCUAGCCAAGGUGACAACAUACGCGAAGUUGGUGGCUUUGCCCGCACACCCAAGCAGGAUAUCAUCAACGAUCCCCGAUACGAUUCAUUUGAGGUGCCCUUUCGCUGGAUCCCUAGGGCUUUUGAUACCAUGGCAGACUACAAUGUGGAGAACCAUUAUGUCUCCAAGCACGUCGAAGUUGAAUGGCUCGACCCGCCUGCUCUUUUUCCCUACGACAUAAGAGCCCGUCAUGCGAAUUUCUUCGUCAGCGACAAAGCCUUCGAGGACGGUCCGGACAAGCUUGUGUGGAGGUCCAUCUGGAGAUGCAGUGGUAACUGCUGCCAGGUAGAAGCCCCACGGCAGACACUGGCACAAGUUUUAGCAGAGCGAAAGGGUUCCUCGCUCUCCGAAGACCUGGAUGAGACUUCGCCCCCACCAGCAUCAAGCCCGCUCAAAACGCAAUCAUCAAAAGGUUUACCUCAAAGGUGUGCCUUUUUCGCCGAGCCCUGUCACGCUCACGGUCAACAGAUACGAAUGACUCCUCGACAGAUACAUCGCGCAGUCUGCACUUUGAUUAGAGCCCGAAUCGCCUAUCAUGGUGAACCCCAACCUUUACACCUACUCCGUCUUUCCCCUUAUGUCAGAAAUCUUCUUCAUGACGCUGCAACAAUGGUUGGCACCACCGAAUCACGUUUAAAAAUUCGUUGGGACCAACAUUUCUGCCAAUACCAUCAGUAUGUAACAUGGGCCAAGAAAGAAUGCCCCUGGCGGUUGCCGAAGGAUCGAGACUUUACCACUGCCAUCAGGACGGCUCUUCGUCGAGAGAGACUUGAUAAAUUGCCAUUGGCAGCAAUUGCUAUUGUUCAUGCCGCGAAUCCUGAAUCGUUUCUCAGCUAUCAGUACCCCAGUAGUCUUCAACUUGGUGGCGUUGAACACAUCCCAAAAGAUGAAGAAUUCCUCUGCGUUAUCGCCCCGAAACACGCUCUUCAAUCCGCCAUCCGCCACGCCAGAGAGCAGGGAUUAGCCAUGGACUCUUCUUGGAGAAACAAGAACGCCAUAAGGUGCCCAGUCACUUUUUUGACCACUGUCAAUGAGUACGGUCACAUGGUUCCCGUUGCUGUGAUGGUCUCAAAUCACGCAAACACAGACACAUACACACAUUUCCUUGAAACAGUUCGCGAAGCUAUCGAAAACGAAGCCCGUGCGCUUGUCAGUGGGAAAUCGGACAUUGUCAGUUCGGCAGAGGAUAAGGACUCCUUGCUCAUGUAUGCCGACGAUAUCGCCUUCGACGGAUUCACCCCUCUAUUUGUCAUGAUCGAUUGCGACGAUGCAGAGCGAAAUGCUGUUGAAGAAGUAUUCCCGGGAACACCAGUUCGUCUCUGUCAAUUUCACUUCAUGCAAGCUGCCCGAUCUCGAGGACAGUCUAUCUUUGGCAGAGAUCCCACUGGCUGUCAAAAGGUUUCUCAAUUUCUUGCGGGACUUCGUGACUGCCAGCGAUGCGAUGACGAAGAACACUGGGACGAGACAUAUGCACGUUUCCAGGUCAACCUCGCAUCCUUGACGCGAAACAAUACGGAGACAUGUGAGGACAUUUCGCGAUGGCUUGAAAGCUGGUGGUUCAGCGAUAGGUGGAGGCCAGCCCUGGUUGACUACGGACUUCCAGCAAAUCACACCAGAGAUGGAACUCUUUCCACAAACAACUUCGUCGAGGCGGCUUUUCGCACAUUUGAUCGUGUUUUCCUCGAAGCCAGAGCCAAUAAGCGCAUUGAUAGACUCAUUGUCAUCAUCAUCAAUGUCUACUUCCCAAUGUACCUGCACUCUCCUCCAACUUCCGGCCGGUGUGACCCUCAAGUCCGCGAAGUCAUUCUACUAGGACUGGAUCUGUGGCAAGUCAAUGCUGUCAGACUGUGCCCUCCAAAUCAAUGUCCCGAACUGCCUGUCCGACUUCGGGCUACUUACAAAGUUCAGUACGCCCACCUAUCCAGCGGCAGCCGCGAUCCUCCACAAGUCCACUACUGCGGAAUUAUUGCCGGUAGCCAACGUGAAUGGUGCUCGUGUUCGUUCUUCAAUCAGCGAGGCAAACGGUGCGGUGCCCUCUGGGCUUUCUAUUGUUAUCGAAAUUGUGGAAGUCAAGAAGCCUAUGUCGAAGAAAUCACCACCAUUGCUUCUUCUAUGUCCUUAUCCUCGGGCACAAAGCGUGAACACCAACGCGUCGACACUUCGCUUGACGCUGACAGGGAGGACUUGAUAGCCUGGUGGGGACAUGAUCCCACCGAACCUGUGGAGCGCUAUUGGAGCACCACCGAACGACCAACAAAGUCGACUGCCGUGAACAUCGACAGCGAACACUUGGACUCGCUGGUCAGACCGUUAUUGCCCCCUCUCAGCUCCCCCAUCGGCAGACGACAUACACGAAAUCGUGCUCGACUGCAACCGCCCCCUGAAGAUCCGCAGGUCUCUAGUCAGCUUGAUGGACACGGAGCAGUGGAUCGUGGCGGUAGACCUGCACACACGCGUCCCUUACAUCCUGGAAGAAGUCGGAAGCCCCCAAAGAGUCAUAUUGCAUUCCGUCCCGAAAAGUUGCCCUCGCAACAAAGGCCUGUCGGUGCAGUGAACCACCAACAGUCCUGUUUCGCACAGGCGUUGUUCCAUGUCCUUCUGCGUCUUCCAACCUUCGCCGAAGGGCUUGACGCCAUCAAGCAACCACUUCGUCACCAUUUGCCUGGUCUGACUCAAAUUUUGGAGAACUUUCACCAUUGUAUCUCAACAUCUCACACGGUCGUUGACAUUCCAACGAUGGUGGAUGUCUUGCGACGCGAAGGAUUCAUUGACGAGCAAGCUCAACAUGAUCCUUGCGAGCUCUUCGAAAGAAUCAGUGUCCAGAUCCGUCAUGACCCAACACUUGAACAUUAUAUGCAGGUUCUUCACAUCCACCCAGCUCGAUUCAACACCGUUCCUAGUCCUGUGCCUGUCACCAUGUCUCAGAUGAUUGAACACGCUUUCUGGCGUCAGUUACUGCCCCGACCUUGUUCUACUUGUGGUCAACUCGCUCCCACUCGAGCGCGGGCGACAUUAUCAAAAGACGAAGACUUCACCACUGAAGUCCUUGUCCUCAAUGUGGUGUGGGAUCUCCGCGACGCAUCAGCAUCUGUGGGUCCGUCUAUCAGUCGUUUUUCGAUCGAAGAGGAGCUUAAUCCUCGCGUCUUAUCGGGCAUUUCGCCGUCCUCCCCAAGCGAACAGCCAUUCACUUUCAAAUUGGGUGGAAUGAUAUGCCGAAAAGGUGCUCUUCUUGCCCGUGACACCGGUCACUAUGUGGCUUUGAUACAAAAAGGAGGCUACUGGUGGGAUAUUGACGACGAAAAGGUUACUCGACUCAACUUCUGCAAUGCGGCCUUUGAAUCUACUCGAUUUCCUGUCAUGCUUUUCUAUCAGCGCGAACACCUAUCUUUGUCCGAAAACCAGUCGUCUGCGACUCCACAUACACCACGUCCUGACGGUGGGCCAACCCGAAGUGCAAUAGCAAAGAAUCCCACUGAAAUGAUCAAGUCUGAUAUCCCUUCAAGUCAACCUAGCAUCCCUUCAAAAGGGUCUCACGACCGUUCCUCCAGUACGCUUUCCAAUACGGCUACCAGUUUGACUCUUGACCUCGAGCUCACUGUUCCGUUGCAACCUCGAUGCCGCUUAGCGAUCACACGAAGCGAAGUCGCCGAUCGCCUGCAGAAAGUACUCUUGGGUCCUCCCGAAACAACCCGGGCGCUGGUGUCCGUCAAACCAUUCGGUGGUAUCACCAGGGUCAAUGUUGAAGCAAUCAACUCGAUUUGCAUGGCAUUAUGGCAUGAUGCUGCUAAAAAAGAGCCGAAGUCCCAAAGACCAAGCUUGUAUCUUGAGGACAUCCGAACGGACAUCAAUGCUGUGGACUUCCAAAAGUGGCUUAGUAGCCCCGAUGGGUGGUACUCCAGGUUCGGGAUACAGGAUAUCGUUUCGGCAAUCAACAGGCUAGUGAGUAGGUCAAGGGCAUCUCGAGAAAAUACUACAAGCAAUGGACCUUCGGUUCAGUUCCGUGUGCUCAAUCCUGGAACUCAGUGGCUUGGUGGAGAUUCUGGCCAGUGCCCAUGGCCAUCUUUAGGCAAGGACGGGAGCUGGAGAAAACAAGUCACCGUAUCUGUGGUCAUGAUCCAAGAAGAUGCUCACUUCGGGGUAGUUGUGAUUUUUGGCCCACAGAAAUUAGUUGUGAUGCUCGACGGGACGGCCGGGAAACACGAUACGCUUGCCUUCAAGAAGGUAUGUAUCAAUGCCAUGUUGGCCAAAGAUCAAUCCUGA